UGUGAAUGUGAGAUUUAUUAAAGAAGAAAUUAUUAUUAUUGAUAUAUCAAACGAUCAAAGUUUCUGAGAAGGUCGUCAGUGGACCAAAACGAGAUUUCGGACUCACUCGAACGAGAUCUUGAUCUUAUUUCGAGUGGACCAAAACGUAAGUCUUAGCUUCAAUUAUUCUUUGCAUCGUCUCUAGUACGUUUGCUCAAAUUAGUAAAUUUCAAAUUUCAGAUCUCUCAAUUACUGUAGAAUGGGUAUCUCUUUCUCGAUACCCUUUGAUCCGUGUGUAAAUAAAGUCUCUCAAUGGCUAGACAUGAAAGUAAGUUAUACUCACAACCUCGAGAAGAAUCUUGUGGCUCUCGAGACAACCAUGGAAGAGCUCAAGGCCAAGCGGGAUGAUUUAUUAAGAAAGCUCAAAAGAGAGGAGGAUAGAGGUCUACAAACGCUUGGCGAAAUCAAGGUAUGGCUUAAUAGAGUUGAGACUAUCGAAAGCAGAGUCAAUGAUCUUCUUAAUGCUAGAAAUGCUGAACUUCAAAGGCUGUGCCUUUGUGGGUUUUGCUCUAAGAGUUUAACGACGAGCUAUCGUUAUGGGAAAAGUGUUUUCUUGAAAUUGAGGGAGGUUGAGAAACUCGAAAGGAGAGUUUUUGAAGUGAUUUCUGAUCAAGCUUCAACAUCUGAGGUGGAGGAACAACAACUUCAACCGACAAUUGUUGGUCAAGAAACAAUGCUUGAUAACGCAUGGAAUCAUCUAAUGGAAGAUGGAGUUGGUAUUAUGGGAUUGUAUGGUAUGGGAGGUGUUGGGAAGACGACUCUUCUCACCCAGAUUAACAAUAAGUUCAGUAAGUAUAUGUGUGGCUUUGACAGCGUGAUUUGGGUUGUGGUGUCUAAAGAGGUGAAUGUAGAGAAUAUUCUAGAUGAAAUCGCUCAGAAAGUUCAUAUUAGUGGAGAGAAGUGGGACACAAAAUAUAAAUACCAAAAGGGCGUUUAUUUAUACAAUUUCUUAAGGAAAAUGAGAUUUGUAUUGUUUUUGGAUGACAUAUGGGAGAAGGUUAAUUUAGUUGAGAUCGGAGUCCCCUUUCCAACAAUAAAAAACAAAUGUAAAGUGGUAUUCACCACUCGGUCCUUAGAUGUAUGCACAAGCAUGGGGGUUGAAAAACCAAUGGAAGUCCAAUGCCUGGCGGACAACGACGCAUAUGAUUUGUUCCAAAAAAAGGUUGGACAAAUAACACUAGGAAGCGACCCAGAGAUCCGUGAACUUUCUAGAGUAGUUGCUAAAAAAUGUUGUGGUUUACCAUUGGCGCUCAAUGUGGUAAGUGAGACCAUGUCAUGCAAGAGGACGGUACAAGAAUGGCGUCAUGCGAUAUAUGUUUUAAAUUCAUAUGCUGCAAAGUUUUCUGGCAUGGACGAUAAGAUCCUUCCGCUUUUAAAGUAUAGCUAUGAUAGUCUCAAAGGGGAGGAUGUCAAAAUGUGUUUGCUAUAUUGCGCUUUGUUUCCAGAAGAUGCUAAAAUAAGGAAGGAGAAUCUGAUAGAGUACUGGAUAUGCGAGGAAAUUAUAGAUGGAAGUGAAGGUAUUGAUAAGGCUGAGAACCAAGGUUAUGAGAUAAUUGGUAGUCUUGUUCGUGCAUCAUUGUUGAUGGAAGAGGUUGAAUUGGAUGGAGCAAAUAUUGUUUGUCUGCAUGAUGUUGUUCGUGAAAUGGCUUUAUGGAUCGCAUCUGAUUUGGGAAAACAAAAUGAGGCGUUUAUUGUGCGUGCAAGUGUUGGGCUACGUGAAAUUCUAAAGGUUGAGAAUUGGAACGUCGUGAGAAGGAUGUCAUUGAUGAAGAAUAAUAUUGCUCAUCUUGAUGGCCGUCUUGAUUGUAUGGAACUCACAACUUUGCUACUACAAAGCACACAUUUGGAAAAGAUCUCGAGUGAAUUCUUCAACUCCAUGCCAAAGCUAGCUGUUUUGGAUCUAUCAGGCAAUUAUUACCUCUCUGAAUUGCCAAACGGAAUAUCAGAACUAGUUUCCUUGCAAUAUCUCAACUUGUCAAGUACUGGUAUACGUCAUUUGCCUAAGGGUCUACAAGAGUUGAAGAAACUAAUUCACUUGUACUUGGAGCGAACAAGUCAGCUUGGAAGUAUGGUUGGGAUAUCAUGCCUUCAUAAUUUGAAAGUUUUGAAAUUAUCUGGUUCUAGUUAUGCAUGGGAUCUCGACACAGUGAAGGAGUUGGAAGCCUUGGAACACUUGGAAGUUUUAACCACAACUAUCGAUGACUGUACUCUAGGUACGGAUCAAUUCUUGAGCUCUCAUAGGUUGAUGAGUUGCAUACGGUUUCUAAAGAUAUCGAAUAAUAGUAAUAGAAAUAGGAACUCAUCUAGAAUAUCACUUCCAGUAACUAUGGACAGGCUUCAAGAAUUUACCAUUGAGCAUUGCCAUACCUCUGAGAUAAAGAUGGGAAGGAUAUGCAGCUUCUCCAGCCUCAUCGAAGUGAAUCUAAGCAAUUGUAGACGCCUGAGGGAAUUGACAUUUCUGAUGUUCGCUCCAAAUCUUAAACGGCUUCAUGUUGUCUCUUCAAAUCAACUAGAAGAUAUAAUAAACAAAGAGAAAGCUCAUGAUGGUGAAAAAUCAGGGAUUGUUCCUUUCCCAAAGCUGAAUGAACUUCACUUAUAUAAUCUACGGGAGCUGAAGAAUAUCUAUUGGAGUCCUCUACCAUUUCCAUGUCUAGAGAAAAUCAAUGUAAUGGGCUGUCCAAAUCUGAAAAAGCUUCCACUCGAUUCUAAAAGUGGAAAGCAUGGUGGAAAUGGACUCAUCAUAACACACCGUGAGAUGGAAUGGAUUACACGUGUGGAAUGGGAGGACGAAGCUACUAAAACCCGCUUCUUAGCCAACAGGUUGAUUAUAGUCAGAACUCACAAGGUUAAAUGGGCUUCUCAGGCAGAAACUUCAAAGUGGAUGAUGCAAUUUGGAUUGUGUCUUUUUGUGUUUAAGUCUUUCUCUAUGCGUUGUUUUUCUGUGAACUAUUUUUUAGAUUUGUGUCGGCACUGAACUCUACUAUUGCUAUGUUUGGAAUUUAUUGGAAUAUAUCCAUGUGCCAUUUGCAAAUUUGUCCUUUAAAGAACUUUUCUAAUAACAGAAAUGCGGAUACGAUUAAAUUA